UACUAUAAUCUGUCAAAAUUCAAUGAGAAAAAUAAAAAUUGAACAAUAUUGCAAAUAAUAAAUUUAAAUUAUAAAUAAUAUAUUUGCUCCUAAGGCAAUAAUUGUAAAUUAUGGAAAGUAUACAUAUUAUAAUUAGAGAUGGUUUUUACAUUUACGAGGAAUACCUAGUCGAUGAAAUUGGAGUUAAUCCCAUUAGAAAUUCAGUAAAAAGAAAAAAACCAAAAUUAUAUCUGCAGGGUAUUUUUGUUCAUUACCUAAUGAAAGAAUUGAGUGAAAGUGAAUUAUUUAGAAAUAACUUUAUCAAUAAUCAAAAACGGCUUUCAAAUGGCAGAAAUAAUUUACACAUAGUUUUGCAGACGACAUCAAUAGAUUUAUUAGAUCAUAAUUGGAACCAUCGUAUAUGUGAAAUGGUGAGAGAAAAAUCUGAAGUGGACCAUAUUUUAUCUUGGCUUUCGACUUUGGGUGGUGCUUAUUCUGCAUUAGGAGAUUAUUUUCAAGAGUGUGCAGAGAUAGCAGCCAAAAUUUCAGCAAAUCAAUUUAAAUUAGCUUUAAGAAUUGGAGACCCACAAAUCGCAGCAAGAUGUAGAUUGUAUCUUGCAUUAAGCUUAAUUCAAAGGAAACUAUUCAGACAAGCUAAAAAAAUUAUUUAUAGAGAGUAUAGACAAGCUGUGAGUGAUAUAGUUAUUGACAUAAGGCUAUUGAGAAUGUGUAAAGGAAUAUGGGCUAAAUUGCAGUAUGAACAUUUCUUGCAUGUGCAAGAGAAGCAAAAAUCUCAGGCUUCUUCUGAAAGAAAUCAUUCAAUGACUGAAACUCGAAGGUAUAUAUAAUGGGGUCAUAAAUUGGAAAAAUCACAGAAAAACUAUUGUAUAAUCAUUAGGUUUUGUUGAAGUACAUUUUUCAAAUUUUAGAGAAAAAUUAAUUCAAAUAAGUAAAACACAACUUUAUUUUUUAUUAAGAAUACCAUGUUACGUCAAUCAAAUUAUUACAUGUAUAUGUUCUGUAGUAAAAGGUAAUUGAUCAAAAAUA